CAACAUUGGCAGCAGGUCUGGUGCCGAGCCACCGACACUGCCCCAGAACAGCGAACCUAUGCGAUUGGACUGCUGCUCGGCCAACUGCACCUCAUGCACUUGUAGGCUCACCCUUGCCUUUCUCGAAGACGAUGGCGUCUCGCCGUCCAGCAGAGCCUCAGCUACUGAUGAAAUUCGCGCGUGCAAGUGUUGCCAAAAGUGCGGCGGCAUUGCCCAAUUUGCCGAUGUCAAGGCGCCGUCACCCAAGACGUCGUCGCCGGAACCGCCGCCGCUCCAGCUCGCCCCACUGCACAUAUCCGAGCCUUUGGCUACCGACCGAGUCUCACACGCUCAGCAGCCACUGGUAGGCUCCGAAGGCAUGGCCGAAGAAGCACCACUGCCGAUCUACAGCGGCGGCCGUAGCAGUGGCGGCUUGAUGUCGUCAAGCGAUAUGGUGUAUGUGGGGCCAUCGGUCGACAACGCUGCGCCGUCGGCGGCCGAGGCGCUGACGCACAUGCUCUCGGGCUUUCCCAGCCACGCACCCAUGCAUUUUGGAGCGUACCCGGGCAUUGGUCCGCUCACUGGGCUGCCGCUUUCAUCGUCGGGCGUCUUUCCGUCGUACCAUUCCUCACUGCCGCCGACUCCGUCGUCGCAGCACCGCGCGUCGCCCAACCUGGGCGCGCACUCGCACUCGCACUCGCACUCGCACUCGCACUCGCACUCGCAUUCGGCGCCGCCGACGCAGAUGCUGACUUCUCAGCAUCCGUCGCAAUCGGGCCUCGCUGCCCAUGCUCUGGCUACGCACGCGUGCGAUGUGCCGGGCUGCGGCGAGUUCUUCUCGCGGCGAUCCAACCUCAUGCGUCACAUGGCAUCAGUUCACGGCCAAGCGCGCUCCCAUGUGUGCGCGCGGUGCGGCCAGUCGUUCUCUCGAGGCGAUGCUCUCCGCCGGCACGUCAUCCGCCGCCACCAGGACGGGCCCAAGCCGGUCUUCCAGUGUACCAUCUGCUCGCAGGCCUUCACUCGCGCCUCAUCUCUUCGCCGCCAUAAGGGGCGCAUCCACCCCGAUGCGUCGUGA